UCUUCAAAUAUUUUGCAAGUCGGAGUUCGUUUUUUUCUCUUAAUAAACAAUAAAUCUCUCAUUUUUGCUGGUUUUUUUAAGAAAAAUCGGAAAAAAGAACACCAGCAAAAAUGAGUCGCUCAACUAUUCCUUUGCUAUGUUCAUUCUUAAUCUUGUUCGCGUCCUCUGCCUCAGCCUUUAAUAUCACAAAAAUCCUCGGUCAAUAUUCCGAUUACAGUACAUUCAAUGAACUUCUAUCGAAAUCUGGCUUAGCUAGCGAUAUUAAUUCGAGGGGUACAAUUACACUUUUAGCUGUACCAAAUGGUGCAGUUGGUGAUCUUACAUCGAAAUCAGAUGAUGUUCUUAAGAGAGUGUUGGCUACACAUGUCGUAUUGGAUUACUACGAUCCAAUGAAACUUCAGAAGAUGAAGGACAAAACAGCGAAGAUGACGACAAUGUUUCAACAAUCUGGUAAAGCAGCGUAUGAUCAAGGUUUCCUAAAUGUUACUGCUAAAGAUGGUAGUUUCGUGUUUGGUUCAGCUGUAGUUGGUGCUCAAAGAGAUUCAAAACUUGAGAAAUCCGUUAUGAAUCAGCCUUACAAUAUCUCGAUUCUUGGAAUUUCUCAACCUAUUGUUACGCCUGGUCUCGAUGGAACAAUGGCACCGAUUUCAGCUCCACCACCAAAGGCACACACGCCUAAAAAAUCACCGGUAGCAGAGGCCCCUGAAGAAGCAGAGGCCCCCGCUGAGGAAGAAGCAGAGGCCCCCGCUGAAGAAGCAGAGGCCCCUGCUCCUUCUCAGGACGCACCGUCAUCUGCACCUGACGCUGACACACCUCCCGCUGAUCAGGCCCCACCACCAUCAUCUGCUACAAAAUUGUCAGUUUCCUUUGGUUUAUUUGUUGUUUUGGCAACGAUCGUCGUUGUAUAAUUUAAAUUCUGAAUCAGGGAUCGUUUGAGUUGUAUCAUAAAAAAAAAAAAAAUCUCAAUAUUUUUAAUAUGGCUUAAUAAAAUCAUAAUUGUAAGUGACAAGUGUUUUUUGCGAAUCUGUUUUAGUCAAA